UUUUUACAUCAACGUGUCUUCAAAAUCACGGCGAAGAAUCCAACAAAAGCAUUUAAAAAAGCCGAGAUUCUCUGAAUCUCUCUGUAAUAAAAGACAAAUCUCCUGAACUCCCUCCUCUCUCCUCUCCAUGGCCUUGGUGGCGCGUGCAAUCCACUGCCAACUGGGUUCCCAGAAGCCGGCGGUCGUCAGUCAAGAACAACCUGCGGUGAGUCCCGUCCAGAUCCAGAGACUGAACAUGGGCGAGGGUGAGAACGGGAAUAAUAAGAUCGUUUUGCAGCCACGUGUGUGCACGUUGAGAUUGUACGGUUCGGAUAAACCGGGAGUGAUGAAGUUGAGAAAGGAAGGUGAAGAUGAAGUCUCAACGUUUUUUGAAACGCUGUCGGAUUAUAUUGAAAGCUCGAAGAAGAGUCAGGACUUCGAGAUCAUCUCCGGCCGCCUCGCCAUGAUUGUGUUUGCAGCAACAGUGAUAGAGGAGGCGGUGACCGGAAAUUCGUUAUUCAGAAAGAUAGACGUUGAAGGGAUUGCAGAAGCAGGAGGAGUGUGUUUGGGAGCUGUAAUAUUUGCUGCCAUUUUUGCCUGGUUCUCAAGCGCUCGAAAUCGAGUAGGUCGGAUGUUUACUCUAAGCUGCAACACUUUAAUUGAUUCACUGAUAGACCAGAUUGUUGAUGGCCUUUUCUACGAGAGUGAGAUCAACGACUGGUCGGAUGACAUUUGAAACCCUUAUAUAUUAACAUAAACAUUGUAUCUAUUCGAUCAACUAUGUGUGUGUAUAUAUAUACAAAUAUAUAUAUAUAUAGAGAGAGAGAGAGAGGAAGAUAUGGGUUCCCCUUUUUGAAGGUUAUGUGCAAUGUAUGGUAUUGAUAACAUACAUGUACCCCUAUUACUGGUGUCGUCGAUCUAGUUAACAAGUAUGAUCUCUUGUAAUGUAGAAGAAGAUUUUGAGUAGAUUGAGAAGGUUUUGGGUUGGAGUAAGAUGAUGGUUUCAUCAAGAUUGUGGAGAUUUCGAGUUUGUAUUUGCGAAAUUGGGUUAGGGACUAGGGGAGAAAAAGAUUUAUCGAUAUGAGAUAGUAUUGUACGCUUUAAUUACUAUAUAUAUACACUUUGUGAUCAGCUCUUAAUGCUUGGUAAUAGAGAUUAAUUAUGUCA